UGUAGGUGCCUAAAAUCCCUUUCCUUCAGUCGCUAUUUUGUAGAAGCCAGAUUCUUGUGAGAGAUUCCUCUUCACUCUCUUGUUCUUUUGUUUGAUAUCAAUUUCACAGAUGUUAGAAGGGGAAGAUAUACACGCCAACCAUCACACCAUGGUCUGAUGGAAUCAUCCAUUUGAUCACAAAUGGAACAUGAUCAGAUUUUGAACAUGGAAGGAAAAAGUUCCGUUCCCAUUGGAGAGAAACAGUGUUGUGUGUGUGGAAAAGGCUUCAGCCAAUCCUCAGACCUCACAAACCACAAAUGCAGUCACACUGGAGAGAAACUUUGGAAAUGUGACGAUUGUGAGGAGGAAUUCAUGUCUCCAUCUGAGCUGGAGACGCAUCGACGCAGUCACACCAGUAACAGGCCAUUCACCUGUGCAGUGUGUGGGAAAGGAUUCACUCAGUCAUCUAACCUGCUGCAACACCAGCUUGUUCACACUGAGGAAAGACCAUUUCAAUGCCCAGACUGUGGAAAAUGCUUUAAAACCUCCAGGGAUUUGACGUCCCAUCAAUAUGCUCACAUUAAUGAGAGACCUUUUAAAUGUCCAGACUGUGGAAAAUGUUAUAAAACUUCUGGAGACUUGACAUCCCAUCAACAUGCUCAUACUAAUGAGAGACUUUUUAAAUGCCCAGACUGUGGAAAAUACUACAAAACGUCUGGAGACCUGAUGUCCCAUCAACGUGCUCACACAGAGGAGAGACCUUUUAAAUGCCCAAACUGUGGGAUGUGCUAUAAAAGUCCCAGGGACCUGAUGUCCCAUCAACUUGCUCACAGUAAUGAGAGACCCUUUAAAUGUCCAGCAUGUGGAAAAUGCUAUAAAACCUCCAGGGACCUGCUGUCCCACCAACGUGUUCACUCUGAGGAGAAACCGUUCAGGUGCUCUCUCUGUGGGAUAGGGUUCAGGCGAUCAUCUGACCUCAUGGAGCACCAGCAGGUUCACACUGGGAAGAGACCGUUCAGCUGCUCUGAAUGUGGGAGGGGAUUCACUCGGUCAUCCAACCUGCUGAGACACCAGCAAGUUCACACUACGGAGAGAUCUUUUAAAUGCCCAGACUGCGGUAAAUGCUACACAAGCUCCUGGGGACUGACUUGUCAUCAACGUGUUCACACUGAGGAGAGACCGUUUAAAUGCUCAGACUGUGGGAAAUGCUUUAGGAAUUCUGUGGAACUGAAGUCCCAUCAACGUGCUCACACUGAGGAGAGACCUUUUAAAUGCUCAGACUGUGGGAAUCACUAUACAAGUUCCUGGGCACUGUUUUAUCAUCAACGUGUUCAUAUUGAUGAGAGGCCUUUCAAAUGUCUAGUCUGUGGAAAGUUCUAUCGAAGUUCUGUGGAACUAAUGUCCCAUCAACAUGCUCACAUGAUGAGAGACCUUUCAGGUGCUUUCAUUAUGGGAUUGGGUUCAGGCGAUCAUCUUAACUCUCAGUACACUGGUGACUUCACUAUGGGGACAAAGCAUUUACCUUCUCCAUGUGAGAAAAACAAUUAGCUCACUCAUCAACCCUGCUGAGACCACACUGGGGGACAAACCAUUCACCUGAUCCGUGUGAGGGAAGAAAUUCAGUCACUCACUCGACCCUGCUGAGGCAGCACAGAGUUCACACGUCUCAACAGUGAUUGGACUUUGUUCAUCACAUUCAGGACUGAAAGCAAAAUUUUAAUAUUCUGGAUAAAAGUCAAAUAACCAGCUUUGUGUUAAACACAGUGUGGUAGCUCAUUGUAAGGAUGUCAUCACAGAGUACUUGGAAGAGUCAGUACUGCUUCAUCGGGGGAAGUCAAAUCUGUGUUAGAAUUCUUUGAGAAGGUAAUGAGCAACUUAAACAAAGGAGAGCCUGUGGAUGUGAUCUGUUUGGAUUUCCAAAAGGCAUUUGACAAGGUGCCAUAUGCGAAGCUGCUAAAUAAGUGUUUUUCCACACUCCCCAUUUUUGAUGUUCAACUAAUUUCACAGAGUAUUACAAGAUUUGCAAUGAGGAGUCUUGGAACCAAACAUCACUUCAGAAUCUGACAGAAUCGUCCAGCGUAAUGUCACCUGAAUAUCAGUGGAUUUUGAACAUGAAAGGAAAAAGCACCAUUCACAAUGUGGAGAAAUGUUACACGUGUUGUACGUUGGACAAGGCUCUCGCAGAUCAUUUGCCCUGUCAGAACAUAAGUACAGUCCCACUGGGGAGAGGCCAUUUAGCUGUUCCAGGUGUGGCAAAGAAUUCACUCAAUUAUCCAGCAUGCUGAAACCCCAGCAAGCUGAUACAGAGGAGAGACUGUUUAAAGGCCCAGCUUGAGGGAAGUGCUAUGAAAGAUCUGGGGACCUGAUGUUCCAUCAAUGUGUUCAUAGUGGUGAGGAACCAUUCGGGUGCUCUCACUGUGGGGCAUUGUUCAGGUGGUUAUCCCAACACACCGUGACACUGAGAAGAGACUGUUUACCUGGACUGAGUGUGGGAUGAAUUCAACUUGCUGAAACACCAGCGAGUUCAUGAGCAAUGACAGUGUCUGUUUUUCUGCUGUGAACAUAUCCCUGCUUCAGAGAGAUUUUUAAAUCUCUAACACAUAUUAGGGCUGUUUGAAGUGAAUUGGAUUUUGCUGUUAAUCACAUCCAGGGCACAACCAUGUUCAUUGGGAUCUUUUUCUGUUGAUCUGUAUAAAUUCCAGAUGUUAAUAAAGAGAUAAAAAGUACAAUUAUAUCAAGUUUGUUGUAAACACACAGCCUGCUGAAGCUUUCUAAUAUAGAGUCAUAGAGAAGUACAGCACGGAAACAGACCCUUCAGUCCAACUCAUCCAUGCCAA